UCGAGCUGGAUCGCAAGCGAAAGCUGCCGGAGGUGGUGAUGGAGGCGGGCGGCAGGGAUGCGGCGGCGGCAGCAGCAGCAGCAGCAGCAGCAGCAGCGGACGACGAGGAUGAGGAGGAGCGCUGGGUCGGGCCGCUCCCGGGGGAGGCCGCGCAGGCGAAGAAAAGGAGAGUUCUUGAAUUCGAACACGUUUAUCUUGAAAAUCUACCAUCGGCUUCAAUGUAUGAACGCAGUUACAUGCACAGAGAUGUUAUUACACACGUAGCAUGUACAAAGACAGAUUUUAUCAUAACAGCUAGUCAUGACGGACAUGUAAAAUUCUGGAAGAAAAUAGAAGAAGGGAUUGAGUUUGUUAAACACUUCCGAAGUCACUUGGGUGUUAUUGAGAGUAUUGCUGUUAGUUCAGAGGGGGCAUUAUUCUGUUCUGUUGGAGAUGACAAAGCAAUGAAGGUGUUUGAUGUAGUCAACUUUGACAUGAUCAACAUGCUGAAACUUGGCUACCACCCUGGCCAGUGUGAAUGGGUAUAUUGCCCUGGAGAUGCUAUAUCUUCUGUUGCAACAUCUGAGAAAAGCACAGGAAAAAUAUUCAUAUAUGAUGGACGAGGAAAUAACCAGCCCCUUCAUGUUUUUGAUAAACUCCACAUGUCCCCACUUACUCAGAUACGCCUGAACCCUGUCUACAAAGUAGUAGUGUCUUCUGACAAGUCUGGAAUGAUCGAGUACUGGACCGGUACUCCUCAUGAAUAUAAAUUUCCCAAGAAUGUGAAUUGGGAGUAUAAAACGGAUACCGAUCUAUAUGAAUUUGCUAAAUGCAAGGCUUACCCAUCCAGUAUAAGUUUUUCACCUGAUGGAAAGAAAAUGGCCACUCUUGGGUCUGACAGAAAAGUUAGAAUUUUUCGUUUUCUGACGGGAAAGCUCAUGAGAGUCUUUGAUGAAUCUCUGAGUAUGUUUACUGAGCUUCAGCAGAUGAGACAACAACUGCCUGACAUGGAGUUUGGCCGGCGUAUGGCAGUUGAGCGUGAGCUGGAGAAAGUGGAUGCAGUAAGAUUAAUUAAUAUAAUUUUUGAUGAAACUGGACACUUCGUUCUCUAUGGAACUAUGUUGGGCAUUAAGGUCAUAAAUGUAGAGACUAACAGGUGUAUUCGUAUCUUGGGAAAACAAGAGAACAUCAGAAUGAUGCAACUGGCGUUGUUCCAAGGAGUAGCAAAGAAACAUCGUGCAGCGAUCACUAUUGAGAUGAAGGCAUCUGAAAAUCCUGUUCUCCAGAAUAUUCAGGCAGAUCCAACAGUAAUCUGCACCGCUUUUAAAAAAAACAGAUUUUACAUGUUUACUAAACGUGAACCAGAAGACACGAAGAGUGCAGAUUCUGACAGAGAUGUGUUUAAUGAGAAACCUUCUAAAGAAGAGGUUAUGGCAGCCACUCAGGCAGAAGGUCCCAAAAGAGUGUCAGACAGUGCCAUCAUCCACACAAGCAUGGGAGAUAUUCAUAUCAAGCUUUUUCCUGUUGAGUGCCCCAAAACAGUGGAAAACUUCUGUGUGCACAGCAGGAAUGGUUACUACAAUGGACACAUAAUUCACCGUAUCAUCAAGGGUUUCAUGAUUCAGACGGGUGACCCAACUGGUACCGGAAUGGGAGGUGAAAGUAUUUGGGGAGGAGAAUUUGAAGAUGAGUUUCAUUCAACUUUACGACAUGACAGACCAUAUACACUCAGCAUGGCUAACGCAGGACCAAAUACCAAUGGAUCUCAGUUUUUUAUAACAGUAGUGCCAACUCCAUGGCUCGACAACAAGCACAGUGUGUUUGGACGGGUGACUAAAGGAAUGGAAGUUGUUCAGAGAAUUUCAAAUGUCAAAGUCAAUCCAAAAACUGACAAACCCUAUGAGGAUAUCAGCAUCAUUAAUAUAACAGUGAAGUGAGGCAGGCGUUGAAGGUUCCAGCUUAAGCAGAAAAAAAUGGAGCACGUGAGACCCAGAAAGGGACGUAGGAAGAACAGACAUUUUUGAUACUUCCUAGAUACAGCAAAUACCAGGACUGAGCUGCAGUAUUGCAUUUUAUUUAAAUGGUAUGCACUGUCUCACCCCUCCAAAAAUGCAUUGUAUAUUCUAAGCCUGUGGUCCUGCCCUGAACCAUCCUGUACCUGUAAUCCCAUUGGCCCAAGUGUGAUUCCACACCCACUUCAAUCUCCCUCUUAAGCUGUCCUGGUGAGACCAGCCGACCUCUUAUCCUUUCUCCGCUCUUGGCCUUCCCCCCCUCUUGCCCUUUCCCUCCCCUAGGCUCCCCCUCCUUCCCCCUCCCCCUUCUCCCUUUCUCCCUCAUCCCGCUGUUCCCGGGGAUGGGACCCUCAAUAAUCCCUCAUCAAUCAGCACCCUCAGAAGCCGUGUGGAGUCUCCUUGCCUGCCUGCUGCUGCCAGCCAACUCACAGCCUAGGGGGCCCUCCGGGGACACCCCGGGGUGACCCCCCCAAAACGAAACACAACACAGAGCAAUCUACUAUUCUUAAUGUACCUAAAGUGCCCUAAUUCUGCAUUUCUGGUAACUUUGUAUUUUAAAGGAAAAACAUCUACAUGUUUCUUAAAAGGGCUACUGUCUUUCUUGCAUCUUUUCUAUGCAAAAUUGAAGAUAAAAACCCCCACCACGUCCCAUGACAGUGUUUGUAAUGUUUUCAUGUUUAUUUGCAUUCUUCAUGUUUAAUGAAUCUGUUUCACAGUUCAAAAUAAAAGGCCAGAAAUACUAA